AUGGAGGAGUCUCGAAUCGGUCGACUGCCACCUGAGCUUCGAAAUCUUGUCUACGAGUAUUCAUUGAGCGAGCCCGAUGGCGUCGAGAUCUGGAGAGAACCUGGUUUAUUGAGGACAUGCAAAGCCAUCAGAGCUGAAGCAGAGCUCAUGUUCUACGUAAACGAUUUCUCCGUCGACGUUCACGAAGAUCGCAUGUCGCAUGCCCUUUGCAAAUGGCUCAAGUCGAAAUCUGAAACGCGACUGAAGCUGAUACGAAGUCUUUCGGUCCAUUGUCACAUGCCGUCCAUGAGCGAGAAGGAGGUCCCUGCAGGCGCUGAGGAAGAAGACGACUCCGCUGGCAUCCUUGCACUCCUACAGCUCAUGCACCUUAUGGAUUCCAUGCGUCGUGCUUUCCUGAGCAGACCUCUGGAGGAAGUCAUCAAGUUUACUUUGAAUGGAGCAAACGAUUCGGAGCCCUUCGACAGAAUCGACAACAUGACUGCGGAGGACCAGGACCGGUAUCGUAGUGCGAAGUUCCUGAUCAUGUGUCUCGUUCAUGGAGAGCAGGAGACCCUGGAGGCGGCAGAAGAGUCAGGUUCGCGAGAGCAGCUUGUGAAGCUCGAUGAAGUGAUUCAGCGCCGUCGCAGGCAAAGCAAUCGAAGUGCGGUCGAAAGGUCUAUGAUAGUGUAG